CCGCUGACGUGUCUGUCAUAUUGCGACCGCUGAAAAAGAACUAUUUGUGGUGAAAAAUUAAGAAAUUCUAUAUAUUUUCUUAAUUUUACUUAAAUAAAUUUAGUAAAACUAAUAAUAUUCCAACUAUUAAUAAAAGUAUUAAAUAAAAAUGAAUAAAUUAGUUUUGUCACUUUUAGUGGCCAUUAGCUUGAGUUUAAGUUUAUCCACCAGCCAAGCUGCCCGUACUGUGGAAAACCAUUUAACUGCUCAAGAUCUACAACGUUUUCAGUCGGUAUUUGUCUCAGCAUUAGGGUCCAACGAUUUACAAUCCCUCUAUUACGCUGUGCUAAAUAUUGAACCUACAAGCGCCGAUGAGAAAAAACAAUUAUGUCAAAAGCUCAACAAAUUGCACGAGGAAUCUAAAUUGAAUGAAUUUGAAAAAGACUUUUACUUGGUGGGUGCCAGCAGAAUUUUAAAAUGCACUGAAAAAUUACCCGGCGAACAACUGUCUAAAAUUUAUGCCGCCUUCAAGACACCAGCUGCUUCAUCUCAGGAAAUCUUUUACCGUGUGGCUACCCAUAAAUAUCUCGGUGUACAAAUAGAAGAAGCCACCGUAGCAAAAAUUGUCAAAAACUUGCAAGAACUUUUGAAGAAGGAUGAUACCCUUUCGAACUUGGGUUAUGCUUUUAGUGUGGCCACUGAAUUGGGACCUUCGGCUGCCUUUAUUGCUGAUCGCAUUGAAGAUGCUAUAGUACAAGCUGAUGAGGUUGAUGGCAAACUUUUGCAAUUUGAGGGUGGUUUAAGUAUUACCGCAUUGAUUAUUAAUGGUGCCUUUAAAACAGCCAAAACUUUUGACAAGGCUUUACCCGUAAGCCCCGAACAAACUGUCAAAUUUGCCAGCUAUUUCCUUUCUAGACGUUCUGUACAAACUGCCAAAGGUGCUCAUGUUCUAAUUGAAGCUUUGAAAACACUUUCUACCUCAUCUAACAAAAUUGCUCCCAUUUGCGUUCAAUUAAUUGGCAAUGGUCAAUUAAUUGCUGAUUCUCCACGUCUUACAGUGGCCGUAGUUGAUCUCCUGGGCAAACCUCUGUCGCCCGCACCUCAAACAGUUUUCGCCAAGAUCUCUUUGAAGAAGGAUAAUUCUGUUUUGGCCGAAAAAGUGGCUUUCACUUCCAAGUCAUCUGAUAAAACAACUUAUGAAGCUGAUCUUUCUUCAUACAAACCUGCUCGUGCUCUUUAUGUUGCUGAUAUUUCUGUCGACUCUGCUUACACUCAAAAAUUAAAUUUCAAAGUUUUAGGCAAAGUCAAGGUACAACAGUUGGAAAUUGGCGUUGGUGAAUUGGAUGCUAGUUCUGCGGUGAAAAAACAAAAUGUAGCCUAUCCCAAUAAACUUAAGGAACAAUUAUCUGCCGAUAAUACACAAAAAGUUCUUUUGAAAACCACUUUGGUUGAAGAAAGUCAAGCUACUAAGCCCAUUUCUGUACACCAAGCCUUUGUACGCUUCUACAACAAGGAAAAUGAUGAAGAAAUCAUUUAUGUAGCGGAACAGGACAGCAGCAAGGCCUAUAAAUUUGACAUGGAUGUUGGAGCUAGAGCUGGUGAUUUCAAAUACAAGAGUGGUCUCUAUGAAAUGUAUUUAAUUGUGGGAGAUUCCUCCAUUUCCAACUCGUUCCAAUGGCUAGUAGCAGAAAUUGAAAUCAAAUUCCCCGCAAAUAACCCUGCUGGAGGUGCCAAAAAGCAACCCGUACGUUCACCUCUACCCGAAAUUGAGCAUCAAUUCCGUGUGCCCGAUAAGCGUCCAUCCCGCAUAGUUUCAGAUGUUUUCACCGGUCUCUGUUUGACUCCUUUGGUUCUAUUGUUGGUGUUCUGGUCGAAGUUGGGCAUUAAUAUUGGAAAUUUUACUUUGCACCCCAGCACCAUUGGUUUCCAUCUUGGUUUUGGUGGCAUAUUAGUGUUGUUCACUGUCUUUUGGUUGAAAUUAAACAUGUUCCAAACAUUGCGUCUACUCAUACCAAUUGCCAUUUUCACAUUCCUUUGCGGCAACCGUUUAUUAAGACGUCUAUACGCCCAGCGUAUUGCUAAGAAUCCAUCGUCAGCAUCAUCAUCUGGUGCAGCAGCAACAUCAUAAACACAUGUGUGUGCAUUUCUUUAUUUCUCUUAAUGUGACUAAAUUUAAGUUAAUAAAAGCGAAAGAAACAAGAAAUUGAAAGAUAUAACGAUUUGAGAGAAAGAAUUCGUUGUAAAUUAAACAUUUUAUUUAUGUUUUUUCAUUGUAAUGCAACAAAAAUGAAUUAUCUUUUUUUUAAUUCGUUUUUAGUCUUACUUUUUUGUACGUGAUUUUUGCAAACAAAUUUUCCUCUCUAAACUAUAUUUAAACUUUUCUGCUUAUGAAGGUUUACUACGUAUGUGAAACAAACAACAAAAUAAAUUUAUUUAGAAAUUUAA